AUGGCUCCAAUAGAAAGUCCGCGCUGUUCCGAUAUUUGGCCUAAAGGCGGCAAAAACUCACCUCAGCCGCCUUACGUUCGAAAACCCGGUUUUGACCCUUGCAAAAUCCUUGACCCUAAACGAAAAACCUUGCCAUCGCUCCACGCAGAGCGAAUUAUGACCGUUUUCCAAGAAGCAGUGAAGCGGAUGGAGAUAACAACGGCAUUGCCAUAUGUCCUGGAUUCCUUGCCUCGUUUUUCUGUUGUUUUGGGACAAGAGCUGGUGAAUCACAUGGAAAAGCACUUGCGAUUGCAAAAUGCAUUCAAGGAAAUCAUCUGUGAGCAAAACAGGCUUUUAGAAAAGGAAACACAGUCUGAUGUUUUCAGACGCACUGAGGAGAGUAAGUCAUGUGAUACGAAUGAAUCGGGAUUUCAAGUCUGCGCGGGAAACAAAAUUGGUUUCCCCGAAGAGAUACAAAAAGGGAAAUCUCUUGACAAACAGGGAGAGAUACUGGCACAAUCAAUAAGAGACUCUUUGAGGGAGAUGCUGCGUUAUUUUAAGAAAAAUCCGAAAUCGGUCGAAGCCAUCCUAGGUGAGUUUUACGUUCAAAGCAAAUUUAAAAUCACAAUUCACUGAAGAGAGAUUUAGUAUUCACAAGGAAACAGGCUUACCUUUCUGGACAUUCGGUGAUUCUGCGAGGGUGGUUUUAUUUUUUAAAUUUUUGCUUCUUUGGUGGUUACUGCUUAAAUAACGACUAAAUUUAAAUUUAAAUACGGAAAAAAAUCAUUUCAAUCAAUUUUCGCUCAUUUUUCUGUUUAAUAUCACAAUAAACGCAAAAUGCGGCAUAUAGCGAAAUGUAACAACCGUGUUUAGCGCGUAUACAAUACUACUACUAAUAUUAAUCUUUAUAGAGGAAACUCCCGUCAAUAAGACGAUUACAAACCAAAAAUACUUUAUACAACUAACAACUUCUUGAUGUUGCGCAUGCCACUUUUACGUUGGCUAGGUUUCUGGAGAGCUACACCUAUCAUGCGUUCUUGUUCUUUUAUCCCAAUUACGUCUCGGGUUAGGAAUGUUGGCUAAAUAGGUAUUUAUAGAGGAUAUUACACGGUGGCGCGAAGAUAUGAAUUUUAUUUUCGAGUGGCAAAACAAUAUUUUACGAACGAGCGCUGCGAGUGAGUAAAAUAUUGUUUUUGACACGAGAAAAUAAAAUUCAUAUCUUCAAGCCGCCGUGUAAUGUUCUUUUUAUUAUAUAGACAAAAAGACAUCGAUAAAAUAAUAGAUUUUUAUUCGCCAAAAAGUAAUUGUGACGGCUCAGAUUUACAGUACAGCAAUAUAAAACAUUGGUUACAAUAAUCUUGAGAAAUAACAUUGAGCUGAAUAAGGCUCUACAAUGACAAAAUAUAAGCAAAACUUUGAAAAACGUGUAAGUAAAAUUCAAAAGACGCAAGACGUCUACAAAUUUCGAAGGAAAAUUACCGAAAUUACGUUAUCGAUAAACUCACUUGUGAGAUUAUGGAAAAUAAACCCUUCGGGUCCCGGAUGUAGUUUUUAUGAAUUUUACGAGUGGCAUAUUUUCCAGUAAAAUACUCGUGUCUAUAUAAUAAAAAGUGUAAUAUCCGUGUAAGUCUCUAAAGUUUAUCUUAAAGACUCAAGGUGUUCUGGAAUGCAUAUCAUUUUAUGGUUGGAAGGGGAAAAGGAUACCUUGGUAGUAUUAUCAAAUUUCUAAAUGAAUAGGAAAAAGUUUCGCCAUCAUGUUUAAACACAUAGCGGUUAUCGAACAAGAUGAACGUGUGGUUUUUGAUGCUUCUCCAAUUCUCAACUUUUUGACGAUUAUGUAGAGAGGCUUAGGACAUUUUAGUCUCUUUUCUUUUACCCAAACGAUUUACUUAUCUUCUUCAUCAUGGGAAAGACCAGAGCUGCCUCUCACGACCAACAAGCGGCUUCUCAAGACCUGAUUCCUGAGUCAGCGAUGAACCAGAUUUGCCGGGUCCCAUUUUGAGACUAAACUGAAUGAUUGGAUUUCCAGUACUCUUCCUCAGCUUACAAAGGAUCUCAUUAUGUCUUAUGCUCGCUCCGCUGUUGAUGAAUGCGUGUCUUCUACUCAGUUUAAAAAGUCGCUACCUGAAACCCUACAGUUCGAGGUUGGGAAUUUACCGGAAACUACGAAAUCUUCGCAAGAAACAAUCGCCGGUCUGGAGGAAGCGAAUGCCAUGCUACGCGAUCAACUAGAUGACUUAGAACAGUAUACUCGUCAUACUAACAUCCGGUGAUUUGGAUCCUGAACUUCUUAAGGAAAAAGUGUUUAAUCCCUUUUUUGAUGACCCUGAGAAAUCUCAUCUGCUAAUGAACUCUAAACUCCUUGAUCCUAACCCCAAUUUUUUUACCACAAAUUCAGAAUGACUUUCAAACUGCAUAUAUCUAACCUCUUCAGAAUUUAACAAAAUUCCUUUUCCUCCUGAUGCAUUUUCUGCUUUCCAUAUUAAUAUCCGGAGCCUCCCUAAACACUUUUAUGACCUGUCGGAAUAUCUUCUUUCACUUAAUAUGUUGUUCUCUGUUGUUGCCGUUUCUGAAACCUGAUUAUAUAAGUCUAAUUCUGAUCUCUUUAAUAUUCCUGGCUACCAUUUUAUCUCCAAUUCAAGAGAACAUAAAUUAGUGGUGGAGUUGGUCUUUACAUUCAGUCUGAUAUGAAUUUUAAGCCUAGGAUUGAUCUUCAAUCUUCUGACAAUUCAUUGUACGGAAUCAGUCUUUGUGGAAAUCAUGCGACCUCAUGGUAAAAAUAUUAUUGUUGGCUGCCUCUAUAGACCUCCCGAUGCCUCUCUUAAUGACUUUAACAGGUCUGUUGAAGAUAUCUUGUCAACCAUCAGUUUUGAGAAUAAGCUAUCUUAUAUAAUGGGUGAUUUUAAUAUCAACAUCCUCAACUCUCAUUCUCAUCAACCAACAAAUGAGUUCAUUAAUCUUAUGACAUCUAAUAGCCUCUAUCCUUUGAUCUCCAAACCAACUCGCAUAACUCCCUCAACUGCAACUCUGAUUGACAACAUAUUUACAAACAAUCUUGAACUUAAUAUGAAUAGUGGCAUUCUUUACACUGACUUAUCUGAUCACCUCCCAGUCUUUCAAGUUACCCUCUUGAAAAUGAUUGUUGAGCCACAUGGCCAAAAGAGAUUUGUACGUCUUAUUAACUCAACAACUAUGUCAGCAUUCAGGUCUAAACUGGAAGGUGUCGACUGGUCUUCAGUCUUUUCUAUUAAUUCUGUAAAUGAAUCUUAUGACACAUUCUCUAGUCUUCUUACUUCGGCAUACAGUAUGUCAUUUCCUCUUCAACCUGCAUGUUCUAAACCUCACCGCUCUUCAAAACCCUGGUUCUCAAAUGGUCUCUUUACUUCUUGUAAAGGAAAAAUUCUCUUUACAAACAGUUCCAGUUAAACCCAACUGCACUCAACAAGUUGAGAUACAACAAAUACCGUAAUAAAUACAAUUUUCUCAUCAAACUUGCCAGGAAAAAAUUAUUCCAUGACAAACUGCUCUCUGUCAGUUCAGAUUUAAGAAAGACAUGGUCAGUCAUAAAACAGAUUAUCUCCAAAAAGGAACCUGAGCAACGUUUCAAUAACAUGAAAGAUAGUUCUGGUUCAUACUCAAAUCCUACUCAGAUAGCUACAAAGUUUAAUAAUUUCUUUGCUAAUGUUGGUCCUUCUUUGGCAAAUAAAAUCUCUCCCACUCAAAUUACGUAUAGAAAGUUUCUGAUUGGUCAUUACGCAAACUGUUUCUAUCUUAACCCAACUUCUCCCACUGAGGUUGCUAAUAUAGUCCAUUCUCUAAAAAAUAGUAAAUGUGAGGGUUUUUAUGGCCUCUGUAUUUCCCCUAUAAAAGAUACUAUUGAUUUAAUAGCUGCCCCUUUGACCCAUAUCUGUAAUCUGUCAUUUUCUUAAGGUGUUUUUCCAGAUAAGCUUAAAACAGCCAAGAUCCUUCUCAUUUUCAAAUGUGAUGACUCUUCCUUGUUCUCUAACUAUAGGCCUAUUUCUAUUCUCCCCUGUCUUUCCAAGGUCUCUGAAAAACUCUUUUAUUUCAGAUUGUCUGCAUUUCUUGAAAAAUUUAACAUUCUUAGUCACCAUCAAUAUGGCUUCAGACCAUAUGAUUCUACAACUAUGGCUAUCCUCGAAUUUGUAAACAAUAUAUAUGAAGGCUUUGAAAGUAAUGAAUGCACUAUUGGAAUUUUCUUAGACCUCAAGAAGGUAUUUGAUACUGUAAAUCAUCAGAUUCUUAUUGACAAAUUAAACUUUUAUGGUAUCCGUGGUAUUCCUCUAGCUUGGCUCACCAGCUAUUUAGACAACCGACAACAGUAUGUUAUGGUCAAUGGUCAUGUUUCUUCUAAUAAUACUGUUGUGUGUGGGGUCUCUGAGGAUUCUGUUCUUGGCCCCUUAUUAUUCCUCCUAUACAUUAAUGAUCUUUUUCUUUCUUCAAAUUAUCUUUCAUUUAUUGUUUUUGCUGAUGACACCAAUAUUUUUCUUCGUCAUAAAGACUUGGCUACUUUAACUAGAAUGGUUAAUCAAGAGCUUUCUCAUGUUUCCUACUGGUUUAACGCAAACAAGCUUACUGUUCAUCCUGAUAAAUCCAAAUUCAUCAUCUUCCAUCCACGACGUAAACAGAUCAAUCCUUCAGAAUUGAUAAACAUCUUAAUAAUACGGGUACAGGAACAUAAAUUUCUUGGAAUGAUUAUUCACGAAAACCUUUCAUGGAAACCGCACAUCACCUCCAUCUGCGAUAAAGUCGCUAAGGUUAUAGGAAUUUUGUCUAAAUCGAGACGAUACUUACCUUCGGUCACUCUAAAAACCUUAUAUAAUUCCCUCUUUCUACCUUAUAUCAACUAUUGUAACCUCAUCUGGGCAUCUACAUAUCCCUUCUACCUUGAACCCCUCUAUCUACUCCAAAAGACAGCCAUUCGAAUUAUCACCUUUUCUCCUCCACGAACUCGUUCUAAGCCUCUUUUCUCGAAGCUUAAUAUUCUUUCUCUCCAUUCACUUUAUAAAUUUCAUAUUUCUUGUUUUGUAUUCUCACACUUUAAUCACCUUUUACCUGCCUCUCUUUCCUCCCUCCUCCACUUUAAUCGUGAUUUUCAUGAUUAUCUAACUCGUUCUCGGUUCAACUUGCAUAAAAUGUCCCUCAGGUAUCAAUUUGCGAUUAGUUCUCAAGCCCCGACUAUUUGGAACCAUAUUCCCUUGACUGUUCGUGACAACCUUACCACUAGUAACUUCAAAAAGAAGCUAAAACUUCACUUUUUAAGCCUAAAUUGAACUAGCGCAGGAUGCUUAUAGCUUAUUGUUAGUUUAAUUGUUGUAGGACUGUUAUAGGACUGCAUGCAUGUAAACUUAUUUAAUUUCAGUUCAGUAUCUUGUUUUAGUUUUGUAGUUUAGCCUACAGUCUUCAUUUCUAUAUAAAAUAAUUUCUGUCAUUCUGACCACAGGCCGUAUAAGCCCCCGGCUUUGGCUUUACUGAGUUUGUACUAUAUGAGAGAUGGAAUAAUAAAGUUAAAGUUAAGUUAAAUUAAAAAAAACGAAGUGUCGCUUGCUUGAAGUCUAUUCUGAGUCACCUAUGUGACGGUUAACACAUUCUCUAUGUUCUAGGGUCAGUUCCAGUAGGCGAUCGGCCGUUACUUAGUGGGACCCAAGUAGAAUUAAGUAACUUGUUCGAAGUGGUCUGGUAUUAGAGGCCUUUAGAUUCUAAGACGGGGACAAUUACGAUUUGCGAGAUUUUCUCAAUACUAAACCACGAGCGCGCGUGAACCAGCGUCAUUUUGGCGGGAAAACUUGAUAAGCUUUUCGGGGUUUCUUGUUUUUGAGACGACGCAAAAAAACCUUAAGUUAAAUCUCAUCAUCUCAGUCGUUCUCGUCCUGAAAUGUUAAGGUGUCCAAUAAGAAAUGACAACGCGAGGGCAAAUGAUAACGCGAGACUGAACGCGACCUCCAGUGCUUUAUCUACUACUCUGCCAUCAAUGAAGCUCGCUUUCAGAUCUCCGCGCAAAUCGGUCACCCUGCGUGUUGGUCAGCGGAUGAUUGCAAUGUUUUUGCCCAAAGUACAUAUUUGAAGCGAGAAGCCGGCAGAGGAAAUAAGUCAAUAUAUUUUUAGAAACAUAUGUCAUAUCUCUUUGUUUUUCUCGCAUAACAUAUUUGUCCUUUGGUACUGAAAUAGCGAGGGUAACCAAACGCAAACGACAUUCAAGGCAACCGUGUAAAUUCUUAACCGACAAAAACGCGCGCUGUACUAUCGAUCGAGUUUAUAUAGGUUACAUCGUUUUCGCCGGGCAAGGACAUCAGAAGAUUAUAGAAGUUAUGAUGCUGGUAAAAAUGUGGAGAAAGUGUUAAAUUCAUCGGAAGUAAGUCUAUUUAAGAAGCUUUAUAAAUAUGAGCCUACAUUCAAUUAACAUACUUGAUUAAACAGAUUUACACUUUAUAACAUUUAAUUUUUUUUUAUUACGAUCAGUCAACUGACCUUGAAUUCAAAUUUAAAAUUUAAAACGAUCCUAAUAAAAACUCAGCUCUUCUUAUCAGCUAUACGCAGCUAAUGCUACAUUCCAAUCUCUGUAAAGGAAAACUGUUUAAAAGAAAAAGGAAACUACGUACUAUGUCUGAGAAGCGACAUCAAAUCAAUGAAUUUGCGAAUUACCCAAAACAAUCCCGCCUUCGACAGCCAUGAAUUUUCCUUCUCAAAUCCAUUGAUCCUUUUUUUUGACGUAAUGCGCAUGAUCAGUACCCAAAUCCGCUGUCAAAACCUUUGACGAUCGCUUUGUAAGUUGGGAGAACAUUGUUUUGAUUUCAUUUAAGAGAAUUAGGGAAUGUGCUAACUCUCUCUUAAAAGCAAAGUGAUCUGUACCUCUAGUACGCACUCAGCUCAUAUUAUUUUCUUCGAAGGUAUUAAACCUGUCCGUGUCAAGGAACAUGUGCUUUUAAUGGAAACGCUUACUUCACUGGAUAAUAUCAUGAGAGAGAGGCUACUGACGUCACCCUUUGAGCAAGAAGCGAAGAAAGAGUAUUUGGCAGAUGUUAUCAAGAGGGAAAAGAAAACAAAUGCCAUUCGGGAAAAACUCGAGCUAAAAUACAAUGCAGCCGUUAAGGGCAAAGAUGUAGAGGUAUCCAUUUUUCUGUCGAUUUCAUAAAAUCUGGGACGAGUUGUUCAAAGCUGGGUUAAGAUAACCCAGGGUUAGUGCGAAAUUUGAAGUCCUAUUUGAAAGCUUAAAAAAUAAACUCAAUUUAAUUCUUUCUGUCAGCAAGUUGUUGAUUGGAUGCCUUUAAAAAUAACAGAGAAAAUUAUCCAAUAAAAUGCUUUUGAACACAAGAAAAAGAAACCCGCGUUUUAUUUUAAUUUUAACCGUGAGUUAAGCGCUAAUCGGCCUUCUAACAACUGGGCUGAAGUUAAACUUGUCAAGUUCCUAAAGUGACCAACAUCAAAAUUCUCCUAACAAUACCAAUACACAAUCAAGAGAAUGGGUUAUGAGAAUUAGUAAAAUGAUCACCUAACGAAAACAAAUUCUCCUAAGGAAAUGUGUAGAAAUCAGUAUGGAUUUUCCACAGAAUUGAAAAAAGCAAUUUAAAAUAAACACUUCCUGUGAGCAGAGCUUCCUUCUGUCUUCUUGAGCGAGGAGGAGAAAAGGAUGCUCUUCCUGAUUGGGGUCAAGCCUUUGAAGUCGCCGCAAUACAAAAUUCUUGACGAGUCAAUCUUCUUUCCACUCAUCAACUGGUUUUUUCGACUGCUCGCGUAUAUAUAUAAUAUUUUUUUGUUAAUAAUUUAGCUUAACAUGUUUCUAGAUCGCAAAGAGAGAUGCCAUAACCAUUCAACUGCAGAGCGAAUUACAACUCAUCGAAAAAAUAAACACUGAGCAACAGACGAGAACCUUGACAGAAGCUCUCAAACAAACAUGCCAUGAUAACAAGGCCUCAAACGCUAGAGAGGCCAGGUUUUAUGAAGACAUCUUUGCCUGUAGAAAAAAGAUUCAAGAAGACAGGAAAAGUCAUCGAGAGAAUGAAACCUACCUUAGAAAGGUUUGAUAAUAGCAAUCAUGAGGCUAUGUAGGAUGUGAAGAAUAAUAUUAUGCAUAUCGAGGAGGAUGUUAUCCUCCGAGGCUGAAGGCUGAGGUGGAUAUAAACAUCCUCCGAGUCUGACGGUCGUUCGUCGGUCCCUUGCACGGUCAAUGUCCAUGGACAUUUUUUUUUCUUGGUUUCAAUUGGUGGGAUUUUCAUUUAAUAUUAAUGGUAAUCUUUUCUUUUUUUCUCAAAAUAUUUAUUUAUUUUUUUUUAAAUUUUAAAAACCGAAACCCAUACCCUUUGGCGCCGCACGUACCUGUAUAGCUAGAGGCGGUAUACAUUUCAGGGUCAAGAUCUCCAUUUUUUCUCCAGCAAUCAUAAAUUGGCUAUGGCUAUGGGUAUAAAAGGAUUAUAGAAUAGAUGUUUAAAAAUAAUAAUAAAAAGAGACUACUUAAUCUCGCGGAAACGCCAAUGGUUAUUGUUUGUUAUCGUCUUUGACCACCAGCGAACAUUUAAGAUGGCUACCGAGGUGUAUAACUGGGUACAGAAGUAUGAUGCAGACCUAGAUACCAGACAGGUCAGUGACAAGAGCAAAUAAUUUUUGAUUAGUAAAUAGGUUUUAGCCAACCGAGGAGGAGAAUGGGAUCCUUUUCAAAGCCUUUUCCGCCAAAAAAGUGAACCUACUCACUGGUUCGCAAUUUAGUGAUCACAGACAUGGAAGUUAUAUAAGGAUGAAGAUAGAAAUACAAUUUGUCUGUGAAUAUAUACCUCCGUCUUGACAGUGCCUUCAUUUUACUAGUUGAGCGAGCACUAUACUUAUUGUUAGCAUUAGCUACUAAAUAUCUCGCAACUCCAGGCCACAUUAUGUACCAAGUACAUCAUCAUCAUCAUCGCCAUCGCCAUCGUCAUGGUCACGGUUUUGGUUUCAUCAUCAACACCAUCAUUAUCAUCAACAUCGUCGCCUUUACCACCACCACCACCACCACCAUCAUCAUGAUCGUCAUCAUCAUCCUCAUUAUCAUUUCUUUUGAUAAAGCAGGUUAUAUAACGUGUCGGCGUUAAUUUGAUGUGGAGCUGCUAUGCAAUAGCACUACACACACAUAGACUCACAGUCCUCUGUUCUUAAAGAACAGUGUGUGGGUUUUUUUAACAUAUUGCAGAUUUUUUAUUUGAGUAAGGAUUGUGAAGAAUGAGGUGUAUUUAUUGACUUCUCAGGACGAAUACGAUCUAUAUACACGAAUGUACGACGCCGAUAAAGCUGAACUAUCGCAGCUGCAAGCUCGCUUUGACAUUUUAGAGAGGAAAUAUAAUGCGAUCAUAGAGGAAAGAAGACGCUUAGAAGAAGCCAAAGCGAGAAAGUUGGAAGAAGAAAGAAAGCAAAACAAAGCUGCUGCAGCCAUACAAGCAGUUUGGCGAGGAUACCAGUUUAGGAGGCUUAUGCGCAACAAAGCCAAGAAAGCGGGCAAAAAGAACAAGGGUGGAAAAUAA